AUGUUACUGAGGUCGUCCUUGCGUGAGGCUGGAUCCGCGAGCCUCAGGGCCCUUUCCAGACGACACUCAACAACCCAUCCCCAUCACCCGCAUAGGAUGCCCUCGCCUAUCGCCUCCUAUCACGGCCCUGCAUCUAAGCAACUGGCGGUUCCGGGGUCUGAAGCCACAUUUGGCAGCGACCGCUGCCAUCAUCGCCGUGUCGCCCUGGCACCCCUUCGCGCUGCUGAGCCAGACUCCCUGGCAGUGGGGGCGGAGGAGCCGGAGACUGCUCGGGAAGCUAUUGAGCUUGGAAACAAGCUCGCUAAGGCCGGCAGAUGGGAGCAGGCUUUGGCGGUGUACGAAAAGGCGCUGACACUGCCGGGCACCGGGCUAAAGCGGUACAGGGACAAGCCGCGGCUGAUCAGCGACGGAGAGCGCUCCGCAGCUCUGUUCAACAUCGCUUGCUGUCAGGCCCAGUUGGGGGAUAUGCGCAGUGGGCUGGUGGCGCUGGCGGGCUGCUUGGAGCUGGGGUACGACGACUUUGCUCAGCUGCGACGCGAUCCGGAUUUGGAGCCGCUGCGCAAGGACGAGCGAUUCGAGGGCCUCCUAAAGCGCUUUGAGCGGCCUGCGGGAGUAUCUCUGGGCGGUCUUCUUGGCGGGCUGUUUGGGGGCAAGAACCAACGCAACGCCCACAGCUACGUGACUGCAGCCACGUGUGGUAGCCCUCAUGCAGCCCCCCCCGGCAUGUGCCUGAUUAGGCACCACUGUGUUGUGGAAGCGAAUAUGCGUGCGUACAAUAUGUCGUUAUAUCAUUCCAUCGGCAACAUCAUCGAGUACGCACCCCAUCCGCCCGUGAAAGAGUACCUUUGUACCCCUCAUCUCUCUCCGUGGCGGGCUAGCCAGCAGGCUAUCUAG